CACAUUGUUUGGGGAAGUCCUUCUGCCAUGUGGUAGGAACGAACACUUCACAACAUUGCGUUUGCUAAUUUUUAAACUUUAAAGAGAAUAAAAUGGUUCGGAAGAAAAUUGACAAUCGCCUGCGUGUCCUGAUAGAGAAUGGUGUGGCACAGAAACACAGGACAAUGUUUGUGGUGAUUGGAGAUCAUGGAAGAGAUCAGGUCGUCAUUUUGCAUCACAUGUUGUCAAAGGCUGUGGUAAAGACGAGACCAUCAGUGCUGUGGUGCUACAAGAAAGAGCUGGGAUUCAGCAGUCACAGGAAGAAGCGAAUGAAACAGCUGCAGAAGAAAAUAAAAAUGGGAAAAAUCGAUGUGAAGGAGGAUGAUCCCUUUGAGUUGUUUAUCUCUGCUACAGACAUUCGCUACUGUUAUUACGCCGACACCCACAAGAUUCUGGGCAACACCUAUGGCAUGUGUAUUUUACAGGAUUUUGAAGCAUUAACUCCAAAUCUCCUCGCACGUUCCAUUGAGACAGUGGAGGGGGGAGGGGUUAUACUCAUUCUGUUAAGGUCGAUGAAGUCCUUAAAACAGCUCUACACCAUGACUAUGGAAGUUCACACACGGUUCAGAACUGAGUCUCAUCAGGAUGUAGUUGCCAGAUUCAAUGAAAGGUUUAUCCUCUCUUUGUCCACCUGUAAGAACUGUAUGGUGAUAGAUGACCAGUUCAACAUCCUGCCCCUAUCUUCUCAUGUGCACAGCCUCACCCCUGUCGCCCCUAGAUCAGCGGAGGAUGGACUGACUCCAAUGGAGCAGGAAUUAAAGGAGUUGAAAGAGUCUUUACAGGACACACAGCCUGUGGGGGGACUGAUCAACUGCUGUAAGACACUUGACCAGGCAAAAGCGUUGCUGAAGUUUGUGGAAGCUAUAUCAGAGAAAACAUUAAGGAGUACUGUCGUCAUGACAGCAGCAAGAGGGCGGGGUAAAUCAGCAGCAUUGGGUCUGGCCAUGGCAACGGCUGUUGGGUUUGGGUAUUCCAACAUCUUCGUCACUGCCCCAAGUCCUGAGAAUCUGAAGACGCUGUUUGAGUUUAUAUUUAAAGGUUUUGAUGCCCUGGAAUACCAGGAACACCUGGAUUACGAUUUAGUCCAGUCUACAAACCCAGAGUUUAACAAAGCGAUUGUCAGAGUAAAUAUCUUCAGGGAACAUCGACAGACAAUCCAGUACAUCCACCCCAGUGAUGCCCACAAGCUGGGUCAGGCAGAGUUGGUGUGUAUAGAUGAGGCGGCUGCAAUUCCCCUACCCCUGGUCAAGAGUUUGCUCGGGCCUUACCUUGUGUUUAUGUCUUCAACAAUCAGUGGGUACGAAGGUACAGGCCGGUCUCUGUCCCUCAAGCUGGUACAGCAGCUACGAGCUCAGUCCUCUACAUUUGGUACUGCCAGCUCUGAGGUGGCAAAAGCUGCCAAGAUGGGGGGGAACACUGACUCCACCAUAUCUGCUACUGGACGAGUCCUCCAUGAAGUGAUUCUGACAGACUCUAUCCGUUAUGCAAACGGUGACCCAGUGGAAAGCUGGUUAAACUCGCUGCUGUGUUUGGAUGCCACCUCUGUCCCCAGGAUAACGUCUGGCUGUCCCCUCCCUGAACACUGUGACCUAUAUUACGUGAACCGAGACACUCUGUUCUCUUAUCACAAGGCGUCGGAGGCCUUCCUACAGAGAAUCAUGUCACUCUAUGUUGCCUCACAUUAUAAAAACAGCCCGAAUGACCUGCAGAUGUUAUCUGAUGCUCCCGCCCACCACAUCUUUGUGCUAUUAGGUCCUGUAGAUCCCUCAGGGCAGGGGCUUCCCGAGGUCCUCUGUGUGCUUCAGGUGUGUUUUGAAGGUGAGAUUUCUAAGCAGACUAUAAUGAACAGUUUAUCACGAGGGCAGCGUGCAGCAGGGGAUCUCAUACCAUGGACUGUUUCUCAACAGUUUCAGGACAAUGAUUUCCCGGGACUCUCGGGGGCCAGAGUAGUCAGAAUUGCCACCCAUCCAGACUAUCAAGGGAUGGGCUAUGGGACUCGAGCCUUACAGGUUUUACAGCAGUAUUAUGAGGGGAAAAUACCUAACUUGUCGGAGGAAGGGGAGGAGCCACAGGAGCACAUCGCCACAGUUUCAGAUCAGGAGGUGGGCUUGCUACAGGAGAAACUCGCUCCAAGGAAAAACCUUCCACCAUUGUUACUCAAACUAAGUGAGAGGCGGGCAGAAAACCUCGACUAUCUGGGGGUGUCGUAUGGAUUGACAGCUGGCUUACUCAGAUUUUGGAAGAAGUCUGGUUUCACUCCAGUGUAUCUUCGCCAAACACAGAAUGAACUGACAGGAGAGCACACCUGUAUCAUGUUAAAACUUCUCAAUGAGGACUCAUCAGAGGAAGUGAACAUGGAAGAAUCCUGGCUGAAUGCAUUCUGGAAAGAUUUCCGCAGACGAUUUUUGUCGUUGUUGUCUUAUCAGUUCAGGAAUUUCACACCAUCUAUGUCUCUCAGUAUACUUCAACAAAAGCGCUUCAAGACAAAACGGAAAACGGUUAACCGAUCAGAACUAGAAAGCUUCUUCACGCGAUAUGACCUGAAGCGAUUAGAGCUGUACUCUCAGAAUAUGGUGGACUAUCACCUGAUCAUGGACCUCCUACCCCCACUCAGCCAGCUCUACUUCCUGUAUAAGAUAGAUGUGCAGCUCAGUGCUAUUCAAGAGGCAUUGUUGUUAGGGAUCGGUCUUCAGCAUAAAAUGAUUGAGGACUUGAGCAAAGACCUUGACCUCCCUGUCAGUCAGCUUCUGGGUCUCUUCACACGGAUUAUCCGUAAACUAGUACAGACUUUCAACAGGGUCCUGGAGCGAUCUGUGGAGACGGAACUGGUGGAGAGGAGAGAGAUCAUUAUGGAACCUGUGGGACAGGCCAUGGAUCAGGAACUGACUGAAGCUGCUAAAGAAGUGACAGACAAAAUGAAAAAGAAAGAUCUGGCUGUGCUAAAAGACAUGGACUUGACUCAGUAUACCAUCAAGGGUUCAGAGGAGGCAUGGUCCAAGGCACUGAAGGGCACUCCUAAACAGGGACUGAUUAGUGUCAAAAGUCACAAUUUGGAGACAAAGAGAAAGUCACAAACAGAUGUGUUGGAAGAUUCAGGACCUACUAAGAAACAGAGAAAGAAGUUUAAGCACAAGGCAGGAAGGAAGUGAAGUACAUGUAUGGUUGUGAAAGGCCAUUAGAAAGCUGGUUGAAGAUGCUGACAGAACAGUCAGUGAACAUGUGUAUGUACAUGUAUUUCAUAGAUCAGCGAAUGAGGCAAAAUGCCUGGACCAAUCCUGGCCUUAUCCUGCUUUCUGGUCACAGUAUACUCUUCACUCCAUCAUCUAGCCUGGAUGAUCUGCCCACAGUGAAGAAAGCGGAAACCACUAUAGGUGUUAUAUUGGAAAGUAUGACAGAACUGAGUGAUGAAUUGUGAGGUCAAGUCUUUGUUGAUGAGCUGUGUAACUGCCUGUAUGUAUUGUGUGAAUGUUUAGUGAUUUGACAGUGGUGUAAUCCGUAAAUGUGCAAUUCCUGUACUCUGACAGACAGGUGCAUCAUGGGAAGAUUGUGUUGCGUGAAUCUGGUACAAAUGUUGUGACGACAUAAACGUCUGCUUUAAUGUUUUAGUCUACAGGUCAUGUUUGCUUUUUGAGGAAAAAAUUGGGUGCCAGUGGUUGCAUAUGAACAAGCAGUUUUUAGUAGACAGUGGGAGGAGUGUAAAGACAUUGUGAGAUGAACAUCUCUUGCUUGCAGAGCUGUAGUCGGAAGUCAUGUGGAAUGUUGCAAUGUAAACAUUAACAGUGGAAGAAGUUAUAGAAUGUAUUUUCUAAUGAGUUGAUAAUUUUCUCACUCUUCUUGAGCAGCUUAAGAUUCUAGAUUCAGAUUAUUGUUUGUGUACAUUUAUAUGCAUAUUUUGUACAUGCAUAUAUAAGUAACAAUGUACCCGUACGUCAUGGAUGAAAUGAUUUGUGCUUACAGUAAACUGCAAAUCACUGAAGCUGAAUUAUCGUGUUGAAGUAUGUAUUGCCACAGAUACACUGUACGCAGUUCAAGCCACAGCAAAAGGUCUAGGAGUAGGAUGCCCUGGUUUGUACAAUAUGGUACCUUUGAAAAGAGACAUAUUGCAGAUGACACAUGUUAAUUUUGAAUGGACAAUCAAGUGUUCAGUGUUGUCCCUGGUUUCCCUUCGACCAUCCACUCGGUCCAUUCAGGUGUUCUCCUGUUGGUUCUGGGAGGCAGCAUAAGUACAUCACAGAGCGAAUGUUCAUGUGAAAUCGUCCAAGUCGAUCAGUUAAAGAAAAGUAAGACAGACAUUAAUUUAAAGUGGUAUUCAACGAUUUCAUACAUGUAUGGCAAACAGAACCAUGAUAACAUUGUGGUAUUGCUGAACAGAAGGUUAAGAAACCAUUAUUAAAUAAAUGUUCUGUUCUGUGAAAGUUUCUUCUUUGUUUUAACCAGCCUGAUGUACAUAUAUACAAGAGAUGCAGAUAUUAGUCUUUCUUGUGGAAGUUUGCCAAGAACCUCUGGCUGCUUUUCCUUGGUCAUGGCUAUCAAAUAAUGCUGUCCAAACUGAUAACAUUUCUAUAUUUGUGGUACUCAAGAUUUUCUCACUUGUAUGACAGCAGCCAGUCUAUGUUUGGAGAAAACCAAAGUGCCUGGAAUACACCAGAGCCCU